UUCAGUUUCCUCCUCAUUAUUCCUCCUCUUCCCCCCUCGCCGCUUACAACAUCCAUCCCCAAACCCGCAUUCAAAACAAGCAACCCUCCUCCCGAAUCGAACAAGGAAACAGAUAUCGCCUCUAAAACCCCCAUCGUCUCGUCUCGUCUCGUUCCCCUCUCCAUCUUCCGCGGCUUUCCGCGCGAUCCACCGAUCCGGUUUCCCCGCGCCGUGCCCGGAGUCGGCGCUCCAUUCCCGCGCCGGGUUUUGGGGUGGUGUGUUGAUGCGGCGGGAUUCGAGCCCUGGCCUGUGAGUUGGGCGUCGGCUCGGCGGCUGCGGGGUCGGCGCGGGCGCGGACGCGGCGGAUGUCUGCUAUGAGGCGGCGGCCGGUGCUGCCGACUCACCAGGACGACAUGGAGAAGGUGGGCGGGAAGCCGCCGCAGUCGCGCCUCUGCUUCCUCGCCACGCUCUGCGCCAUGUUCUGGGUCCUCAUCUUCUACUUCCACUUCUUCGUCAUCGCCAACGAGCCUGGCUCCGCGGGGGCGGACACCGCCGCCGGCGCCGCGGCGAGCAUUGCCCGCGCAGAACUUCCGCUCCCCGAACCCGAGCGCGUCUCCGAUCCCGCGGUUCCCCUCCCUCCGCCUGCCCUCGUCUCGGAGCCGCCACCUACCACCGCUACUGUCGCCAAAGUGGAAGAUGAGGAGAAGCCCACGGCCGUCGCCCACCAGGAGGCGGCGCCCAGGGAUUACGCGUUCCAGCGAGCGCUCAAGACCGCGGAGAACAAGAGCGACCCGUGCGGCGGCCGGUACAUCUACGUGCACGAGCUGCCGCCGCGGUUCAACGACGACAUGCUCCGGGAGUGCGAGAGGCUCAGCCUCUGGACCAAUAUGUGCAAGUUCAUGAGCAACGAAGGGCUUGGUCCGCCGUUGGGCAACGAGGAAGGGGUGUUCUCCAACACCGGCUGGUACGCGACGAACCAGUUUAUGGUGGAUGUCAUCUUCAGGAACCGGAUGAAGCAGUACGAGUGCCUGACCAAGGACUCGUCCAUCGCUGCCGCGGUGUUUGUGCCGUUCUACGCCGGGUUUGAUGUGGCGAGGUAUCUUUGGGGGCACAACAUUUCGACGAGGGAUGCCGCGUCGCUGGAUUUGAUAGAUUGGCUGAGGAAGAGGCCUGAAUGGAAUGUGAUGGGCGGGCGUGACCAUUUCUUAGUUGGCGGCAGGAUUGCGUGGGAUUUCAGGCGCUUGACGGACGAAGAGUCGGAUUGGGGCAACAAGCUGCUUUUCAUGCCGGCUGCGAAGAAUAUGUCGAUGUUGGUGGUGGAGUCAAGCCCAUGGAAUGCCAAUGAUUUUGCGAUACCAUAUCCUACUUACUUCCACCCUGCCAAGGAUGCUGAUGUUUUGCUUUGGCAGGAUAGAAUGAGGAGCCUGGAACGACCAUGGUUGUUCUCGUUUGCUGGGGCUCCUCGUCCUGAUGAUCCCAAGUCUAUCAGAAGUCAGCUUAUUGAUCAAUGCAGGACAUCAAGUGUCUGUAAAUUGCUGGAGUGUGAUCUUGGGGAGAGCAAGUGCCAUUCCCCUAGCGCAAUCAUGAAUAUGUUCCAGAACUCUUUGUUCUGCUUGCAGCCCCAAGGUGAUUCGUAUACGAGAAGAUCUGCCUUCGACUCGAUGCUGGCUGGUUGCAUUCCUGUUUUCUUUCAUCCUGGUUCAGCGUAUGUCCAAUAUACGUGGCAUCUUCCGAAGAACUAUACACGGUACUCUGUCUUCAUCCCUGAAGAUGGCGUCCGUAAGGGAAAUGUCAGCAUUGAGGACAGGCUUAAAAGUAUCCAUCCAGAUAUGGUCAAGAAGAUGAGGGAAGAGGUCAUUAGUCUCAUCCCAAGGGUGAUAUAUGCUGAUCCAAGGUCAAAGCUGGAGACCCUGAAGGAUGCAUUCGAUGUUUCUGUAGAGGCAAUAAUUAACAAGGUGACACAGUUGAGAAGAGAUAUCAUCGAAGAUCAUGAAGAUAAAGAUUUUGUUGAAGAGAAUAGCUGGAAGUAUGAUCUGUUGGAAGAAGGGCAGAGGACAAUUGGGCCUCAUGAAUGGGACCCGUUCUUCUCUAAGCCCAAGGACAAGGGUGGAGAUUCUACUAAUCCAUCUACUAAUGCUGCCAAGAACUCCUGGAAAAACGAACAAAGAGGUCAGAACUAAAAUACAGGUAGUUAGAUAUGUGAUCGAGGAAAGGAACUAGAUAUCCUCUCUAGAGAAGCUCCUUGCAAAUACCUUGCCCAUAUGUCAAAGAUCCUCCAACGCAGUAGCUCUGAUGAUCAUGUAUGUUCUUGAUGAUCUAGCCCCUACAGGUGUAAGUGGUGGUAGAAAAGAUGCUUGGGGAAAAAAAUGCACGGCCUUCGAGUUGCCCUUAUAAAUACCAUUUCACACUCUAUUUUUGUUUUGCUUUGCUCAAUAAUCCUUUGUAAGUCCUUACGGGAUUUAUAGGUAUAUCAAUUUUGCUGUUGUUUCUGUUUUGUUUGCUUUGAUCUGUAUGUGUAUGGUUUAGAAUUUGUGUAUACUACCUUUUUAUACUCACAAUUAGUAAGCAAUCAAAGAGAUUUUUGUAGA